UAGUGGGUUAGUUUCUUAUGACUUUUAUACUAUUUAACUUUUUUUUUAUUUAAAGAAAAAAAAAAUAAAGGCAACAACAACAAAAAACACCUAAACCUGAUCAUGAUUCCUUCUACUGAGUCUCUGCUUAAGUAUGACACCCCGGUGCUGGUGACCAAAAACACCGAGAGGAAGUCACCAAAGGGUCGGCCUCUGAUUGUGAGCUCCCAGCAGCCUGCCAUGUCUGGUCCAGUCCCCCCUCCACCCAAACCCAAAAGUCCUUCAUCUGAUGCUAUUAAACAGCAAACUGAGGAGAUUCUUAAUGCCAUCCUUCCACCAAGGGAAUGGAUGGAGAACAAUCAGCUGUGGGUACAGCAUGUGUCCAGCAAACCAUGCACUCGGACAGACGUCAUUCAUCUCCAGGAGGAAUUGGAUCUCAAACUGCAGCAGAGACAGGCUAGAGAUACGGGCAUCUGCCCUGUCCGCAGAGAGCUCUACACACAGUGCUUUGAUGAGCUAAUCAGACAAGUUACCAUCAACUGUGCUGAGAGAGGACUGCUGCUUUUACGAGUGAGAGAUGAGAUUCGUAUGACUAUCGCUGCCUACCAGACCCUAUACGAGAGCAGUGUGGCGUUCGGCCUGAGGAAGGCUCUGCAGGCUGAGCAAGGAAAGUCAGACAUGGAGAAGAAGAUUGCAGACUUAGAGAAUGAUAAGAGGGAACUGGAAAGAAAGGUUAAUGAGCAGAAGUCUAAAUGUGAAGCAACUGAAAGACAAGAAAAUGAACGGCGUCAGGUCGAAGAGAAGAAGCACAACGAGGAGAUCCAGUUUCUCAAGCGCACCAACCAGCAACUGAAGGCCCAGUUGGAUGCAAUCAUUGCCCCAAACAAAAAAUAAAAGGGGUCAGGCUUCAAAGGGUUUCACAAAUAAAACCUUCAACUAACUAACUUUCACUAUCACAACUUUGUUCUGCCAA